AUGUUGACCAAGGUAAGAAGUCUUUUUUAUGAGCUUAUUUGGACCCUUUUUCUGACACUCGCACAGAACAUUGCCCGACUCCGCCCAGCCGCACGAUGGGGGGAUGUCAUGAAGUACCUCGAGCCAUACAAUCUGGGUGUUACUGGAGGUCGAUCUGGCCAUGUUGGCACUGGAGGCCUGCUUGUCUCCGGUGGUGCAUCGUAUCAUACUCAGCUGUGGGGCCUCUCAUGCGACAAUGUUGUCGGAUACGAGGUGGUUUUGAGUGAUGGAUCGAUUGUUGAGGCCACUGCCACCGAAAACAAGGAUCUGUUCAAGGCUUUGAAGGGUGGCGGCAGCAAUCUCGGCAUCGUUACUCGGUUCGACAUGCGCACUUUCACAGUUCCCCCCGAGGGAGCCUAUGGAGGACUCCUUUUUGCGUCGUGGAGCGACCUUGACGUGGUUAUCAACCAAUUCGUCAACUAUGCCAGCUCAAUUGGCUCGGGCAGCCCUGAUCACGAGUUCAUCGUUUUCCGAAACGAUGGUGGCAGCUUUUCCGUCAUGUCUAUGGCUGUCGCUACGGACGGCAACGAAAACUCUCCGACUUUCGCUCCCUUCAAGAACAUCACAUUGACGAGAGAUGUGAGGUCGAAGCAGCCCCUCAGCAAGAUCGCCGCAACCAUCGCAGACACUGGCGGCUUUCACUACAUAUCUUUCGCGUUGACGUUGCAAGUCACUACCGAGAUUAUGAACAAAGCUGCCGAUAUCUUCUCUGAAUUAUCACAGGAUAUUGAAGAUGCAAAUGUUCCAGUGUCGCCCAUUUUCGUCUUCCAGCCGCUUCCUAAGAACCUUGCGUCAGUCACGCCUGGCAACAACAUCCUUGGCUUCGACAAGAACCUGCCAGCAGACUCAAUUCUUUUCGAGGCCAGAGGCACAAUGGCAGCCGAUGAUGCUGUUCAUGAGGGUACUGCUCGGGCUUUGAUGGCUAGCGCCAUUGAGAAGCUCAGGGCGUAUUCUGCCUCUUUAGAUGUGGGUGGCAGGCCUCGCCGGCCCGUCACGUGGGCUGACGGCCGCCACCACUGGUCUUAG